UAUGGUCUAUGGAGAUGCUAUGAAGUGAAGAAGGAGAAAAACCAUUGGCGGGGGCUUUCAUCUCCUUUGCAAUACGAUGGCAACGUUCACAAGCUGUAGCUUCAGCAGCGCAAUAAACCUGAGGUUCCAUUUGAAUCCUCCGACGAGUUACACGCUGAAGCACCGAAUCCAGCUGAGGAGAAUUUCAAAGAGAAAUUUCGGCAGAUUGAUAAUUAGGUCUUUCAGUGGCACCGACGGCGGUAAUGGCGGCCGGAACAAUGGAGACGGGAAGCUGGAAAAGGACAACUCUUCGAAUACGGCUACAGCCACGACUACCACUACGGCUUCUGACGACGCCGCCGAGGAUAGGCGCGGCGCAGGCGUCGCUAAGGAUUCCGAGGAUUCUCCACCAUCCGUUUCUUCGAGACAGCCAACACUGGUUGGAUCACCUUAUAAUAAUUUCCAAAUAGAUUCUUUCAAAUUGAUGGAACUUCUUGGACCAGAGAAAGUUGAUCCUUCUGAUGUAAAGAUCAUUAAGGACAAACUUUUUGGAUAUUCCACUUUCUGGGUGACAAGAGAGGAGCCAUUUGGAGAUCUAGGAGAGGGCAUUCUUUUCCUUGGAAAUCUUAGGGGAAAGAGGGAGGAUGUUUUUGCCAAACUUCAGAGUCAACUAUCUGAAAUUAUGGGUGAUAAGUACAACUUAUUCAUGGUGGAGGAACCUAAUUCUGAAGGAGAAGAUCCACGUGGUGGACCUAGAGUCAGCUUUGGAAUGCUGCGUAAAGAGGUUUCUGAACCCAGUCCUACAACACUGUGGCAGUAUGUGAUUGCUCUUAUUUUAUUUCUUCUUACAAUUGGAUCCUCUGUGGAGCUAGGAAUUGCAUCUCAGAUUAAUCGCCUUCCUCCAGAGGUAGUUAAGUACUUUACUGAUCCAAAUGCCAUUGAACCACCAGACAUGCAGCUUUUGUUACCCUUUGUAGAGUCUGCUUUACCCUUAGCUUAUGGUGUCCUGGGAGUGCAGUUAUUCCAUGAAGUUGGGCAUUUUCUGGCUGCCUUUCCAAGAAAAGUGAAACUAAGCAUUCCUUACUUAAUUCCAAACAUUACCCUUGGGAGCUUUGGAGCGAUCACUCAGUUCAAGUCUAUUCUUCCUGACCGAAAAGCCUUGGUUGACAUUUCUCUAGCUGGGCCAUUUGCUGGUGCUGCAUUGUCUUCUGUCAUGUUUGCUGUUGGCCUACUACUUUCUUCAAACCCAACUGCUUCAGGAGACUUGGUUCAGGUUCCUAGCACACUUUUCCAAGGCUCCUUGCUUCUUGGACUUAUUAGCAGAGGCAUUCUCGGUUAUUCAGAAAUGCACGCCGCUGCAGUUUCAAUCCAUCCUCUUGUGAUUGCUGGCUGGUGCGGCUUAACUACGUCAGCUUUCAAUAUGCUACCGGUUGGAUGUCUUGAUGGUGGCAGAGCUAUUCAGGGUGCUUUUGGAAAAAGUGCUAUCAUUGCCUUUGGUCUGGUAACUUACACAAUGCUGGGGCUUGGAGUGCUGGGUGGACCUUUGUCACUUCCAUGGGGAUUAUAUGUGCUCCUGUGCCAGAGGACUCCAGAGAAGCCUUGCUUGAAUGAUGUGACGGAGGUGGGAACCUGGAGAAAAACUCUUAUUUCUGUGGCUGUAUUUCUUGUAGUGUUGGUUCUGCUUCCAGUAUGGGAUGAGCUUGCAGAGGAGUUGGGCAUUGGUCUCGUAUCAACCUUCUGAAUGAGUGGAGAUGAGACAACUGACAAGGCUAAUUAAAGGGAUGUCACAUUGUCACCUAUUCUGCUCAGAUAAGAAGGAAAUGCUUUUCACUUGGUUUUUGAAGUUGACGCUGAGGGCGAAGGUGAAAAUCACGCAAUCUUUCGUUUUAUAGAAUUUUAUUUAUUUUUAUAUACGUAGUAACUAGUAAGUGAACACAACUAUUUUUUUAGUAGAUUAGAAGAUUAGAACAUGAGUGCAAAUUAAGCCAGUAAUAUACUCGUAUAUUUUGUUUUAGUUUUAUUGCAGUUAUUCCUAAAAUUAAAUGAUGUCCCAGAAUAAACGAGAAAUUUGGUGUAUUUGCCAAUAUAAUGCUAAUACGUUCCUCAUUUUAA